AUGAGUGUGUGUGACAACGUGUGUGUGGUGGGGGGGUGAGCCUGAGUGUGUGUGUGUGAGAGAGAGAGUAAGUGUGUGUGUGUGUGUGUUUGUAUGAGUGUGUGUGACAACGUGUGUGUGUGUGAGAUCCACAUGUUAGAGUGUAGACCCAGAGAGGAUCCAGGCAGCUGCAGUGCGACCCUCCCACUCCCACGCUGGGAGUAGCAGUGCUCUGCGUGGAAAGAAGACAGGAAGCUCACUUCUAUUGAGAUGGGACUUUAUGAGCUUCCUGGUGGAAUGAGGCUUGGGACAUGAUCGUGGAUGAGACAUGCUGCCGAACUUCCACCCGCACGCCAGAGUUGUUCCGACGCGACAUUCCCACGCCGUCCAAGUGUCCCACUGAGAGGAUCUCAGCAAGGCUUUUGUGCGUGGACUUGAGGACACGUUGUCAUGCACCGUGGGCUCCGAGUCCUGCUGGCCGCGCUGCUGCUCCUCCACGCCGCCGCCAUGGCCGCGGUGGGCGGGCGGGUGAGGAAGAAGGUUCCCCGGGCCCGCGCGUGUCUGGACCUCCCCGAGGAGAUCCUGGAGCAGAUGUUCGGCCGCCUCUCGGUCGGCGUGCUGAGCGCCUUCCACCACGCCCUGCAGCUGGAGCCCCGGGACCACGUCCACCUCAGCUGCCCCGGACCCGCGCGCUCCUCGGCGGCCGACAGCCAGAGCCGCCUCCCGGUCAACCUGCUCAGCGUCUCGCCCUGGGCGUACAGGAUCUCUUACGACCCCACCAGGUUCCCGCGCCACAUGCCGGAGGCCUACUGCCUGUGUCAGGGCUGUCUGACCGGACCUCAUCGCCAGGAGAGCGACCAGUACCGCAGCACACCUGUCUACGCUCCCUCCGUCAUCCUCAGGAGGUCCGGUUCUUGUGUCGGGGGCCGCCACUCCUACUCUGAGGUCUACGUCUCCGUGGCUGUGGGGUGCACUUGUGUGCCCCUGCUGGACAAAGACCGGCUGGUGCAGAACGGCAACCAGAGUCUGGAGUCCUGGAGAACAGAGUCCAAAGCGGUCCGCUCCUUUUCGGCAGCGGGAAGCAAACAAGUAGACGGAAGAUGAGUCCAUUUUGAUGACCUCGGCCCAAUGAGACCGACUCGAAUCAGAUCAUAUGUCGCUUUAAACGCAAACUUAUACCAGGUGCAAAAGUUGUAUCUGUCGUUCAGACUUUUAGAAGAUAAUGUUCAUUUUCAUUGAUGUGUUUAUGCUUGUUGUUGUUGGCAGGGUUCUGGGAACUGUGCUGUCUAAUCACUUGGUAGGUUAGCUACAUGAGAACCUGGCUACAUGAGAAGUUAUCUACAUUUGGUUAUCUGCAUGAGAGGUUAGCUACAUUUGGUUAGCUACAUUUGGUUGGCUACAUGAGAAGUUAUCUACAUUUGGUUAACUGCAUGAGAGGUUAGCUACAUGAGAGGUUAGCUACAUGAGAGGUUAGCUACAAGAGGUCAGCUACAUUUGGUUAGCUGCAUGAGAGGUUGGCUAUAUGAGGUUAACUGCAUGAAAGGUUAGCUACAUGAGAGGUUAGCUACAUGAGAGAUUAGCUACAUUUGGUUAGCCGCAUGAAAGGUUAGCUGCAUGAGAGGUUGGCUGCAUGAGAGGUUGGCUGCAUGAGAAGUUAGCUACAUGAGAGGUGAGCAUUAUCUUUGUGAAAAUAUAAUUUUUAGAUUCAGCUCUUGAGUUGUAACAAAACACAAAAGUCAUAGUAGUCAAGUCUGUUUAUACUUUUCUGAAGGAUUAAAAAAGUAGAUUUCUAAACAAA